AUGGCAGCCAAAAUGGAGGACGCGCUGCCGCCGUUCGACGAUGCGAGCAGCGACAUCUACGACGACGUGUGCAUGCUCAGCGAGUACCCGGAAGACCACAAGAAGAGCGCGACGAUCGCCAUCGACGUGCGCGCCGACUCGCGAGCGAGGGCCCGCGGCGAGUCGGUGCUCCUCAACGACCCGCUCGUCUCAGACGACGACGCCAACGAGCUCAUCCUUGAAGCCAACCGCGUGCCGGACGAGUCCAACCUCUCCUUUGACGAGAUCAUGAAGAACAUCAAGGAGCGCCGGUACUACCAAGAGCAAUUUGCCAACAUCCAAGGCCAAGCCGGCAUGAACCCGCGCACGCUCAAGUUCCGUCCGUCCUACGAAGCCGCUUACGCCGCGUACAUUCAGCGCGACUCGCUGCAUCGGACCCGCUUUUGCUUCUUCAUGGGCGCCGCCGCCCUCAGCUUUUACCUCUGGUACGAUGCGCAGCAGCCGUCGUACCAAGCGACGGCCAAUAUGCAUUUCUGGACGUUCGAGUCGGGCAACGUCACGCGGAAAGACAUGCUGGACGUCCUCAGCAUCCUCGGGCCCGCGGCCUUUCUCUGUGGGAUUUGCCUCACGAUUCUACCGUGCCUCGUCUCGCGCUUCCGGCUCGAGCGCCUGACGUUCGGCAUCUUUGGCACGGUGGCACUCACGCUCAUUCUGCGCAAGCCCGUCGGGCGCUACAAGGGUCCGGUGCUCCCGCUCGUGAUUUUGAUGAUCCCGAUCUUUGGCAUGACUCGCAUGCGCUUCCGCCUCAGCUGCAUCCUCGGGUGGAGCAUCUUCCUCACCUACUUUACGAUUCAAACCAUUGCGCGCGCGCAGCUCGACGACGCGACCGCCAAGAAGUGGGAUUCGCAGUCGGACAUUAUUUACCAAACCAUCAACUAUGGCAUUAGUGUCAUUGGCGGCAUGGUGUCCCACUACCGCCAGGAGCUGCUUCGACGCCGCAACUUUGCACUCAAAUUACCGUUCACGGGCCUCACGGACGAUGACCUCGAGCCCAUGCAGAUGGACAAAUUCCGGAAGCGGUCGCUCAUGCGCCGGACGACGCUGAGCUUCAAGAACGACCAAGUCGAAGACCUCUUUUACCGGCAUUGGUACCUCAUUGACCCGUUCCCGUUCGAGAACCCGAACGCCGCGUCGCUCCACCUUGGCGUCUUCCGCGUGCUUCGGUUUGCGGUCAUGGGUCUCGUCAUCGACCAAGUCAUUCUUGGCGUCCAAGAUUACAAGCUCCUAUGGCUGCCCGGGCAUCCCGUCAAGCCCAAAAGCCUCUUCUCCGCCGCCGAGUCUGAGUAUGCGUACGUUGGAGCUCUCAUUGCGCGCUACGGUGUCAUCGUGCCCUGCUACCUCUCGAUGGUGCUCUUCAUGCACUGGCUCGGCACUGCGUUCUACGCCAAGUGGCUCCAAAAGCACGACGACGACAACCUCAACGAGGCGACCCACAACGCCGACGACACGUCGCCGGUCGCGAAACUGAGCACGCUCGAGCAAGUGUCCAAAGUCGCGUUGAACGUCUCGCGCUGGAAGCAUUGGCGCGACGAGAAGCUCACCGAGAUGCUCGCGGCCAAAGGCGGCUACGUCAAGUACGCGCAGUGGUACUCGGCGGUGGUCAUUUUCCUGCAUGUGAGCUGCAUGGCGGCGCUGCUCAUUUGGCUCACGCGCAACACGCAUGCGCCGCAGAACGUCUACUUUAUGGGCUUCCUCAACUCGCUUCUGUUUCCGCACCGGUCGGGCUUUCGCAUCCGGUUCGUGUACGCUUCGUCGACGACGUUGGCGCUGGCAGUCACGUUCAUCGCGAUCUUUGCGUGCGUCCUCGCGCCGGCCGACGCCGACCAUGCGCUCCACGUGCUCUGGGUGCAGUACACGACGUACAUUGUCGUCGUCGUCGUCCUCGGCAUGUUCAUCUCGCACGAAGAAGAGAGUCUCCGACGGACGUUCUUCAUCCUCAAGUCGAUGCGCACGCUCGAGUUCAAGAGCUGGUUCCACACCGUCUUGCGCGUCCAAGGCUGGGUGCGCGCGAAGCUGAAGCGCAAGCUCCACGACAUCCGCGCGCGCCGGAGCGACCUCGACGAAGCGCUCUUGGCACCGUCCGCGCCCGUCGUCUCCAACGCCGCGCCGUACAUGGCCCAAGCGUCCAAGUUUGGCGUGAUGAGCCAAGGCUUCAACCUCACCGCCGUCCUCGUCGACGUCAUCAUGUCGAGCCUGCAAAGCUAGACCGCGUUGGCAGCCGAUUAAGAAUGAUUUAAGACGCCUCUUGGCCCAAUGGAUGCGCUCACGUCCCUUGAUUGCAAGACCUCUCGAUGCGACCAACACCUUGGGUACGC